GAAGACACCAAUAACCACCUCAGAAGAAGAACAGUGGAAACACCAUACCAGCGCUCUCGUUAUUAUUUCUCCCUACUUUCAGGGGCGUAACAUAAAAAAACGGGCUAAUUGGCCACAGGUGGCAGUAUCAUGGCUGGGUCUGACAGGGGCGUCCUCCAAAGGCUCACUAGUUCACAAUUAAGGAUGGGGCGAGGCUCACCACUUUGUGAGGAACUACGUGAACAAAUAGUCCAACAGUUUAAGAACAACGUUUCUCAACGAACAAUCGCAAGGAACUUAGGGAUUUCAACAUCUACAAUCCAUAACAUCAUUAAAAGGUUCAAAGAAUCCGGAGAUAUCUGUGCUCGUAAGGGGCAAGGCCGAAAACCGACCCUGGAUGCCAGUGAGCUCCAGUCCCUCAGACAGCACUGCAUUACAAACCGACACGACUCUAUAAAGGACAUCACUACAUGGGCUCGGGAACACUUUGGAAAACCGCUGUCGGUAAACACAGUCCGUCGCUGCAUCGACAAGUGCAAGUUAAGACUCGAGCAUGCAAGGAGAAAGCCCUCCUGUAAACACUUCAGCGAGCCGACGGUUGACGGUACAAAAAUCAACUGCUGUGGUCUGCUAUCUGUCCAGAAGGGUCAAGUUCCUCUGAAGAGCGUGGAGGUGGAGGUGGAGGUGAGGGACCAUGUGGCUACAGUGGUCUCCACUCUGAACUAUGAGAACAAGGAGGACAAACCACUGGAGGCAGUUUUUGUCUUCCCUCUGCCUGGAGAUGCUGCUGUCUGUCAUUUCAGUGCUAAGAUUGGACAGACAGAGAUUGUAGCUGAGGUGAAGGAGAAACAGGAGGCUCGUGAGGAGUAUGAUGAUGCACUGAGCUCCGGUCGGCAGGCCUUCCUGUUGGAGGAGAGUGAUCAGAGUCCAGAUAUAUUCUCUAUGAGUGUGGGCAGUCUGCCUCCAGGAGAGAGCGCCUCCAUCAGGCUGGAGUACGUCACUGAGCUGGCUGUGCAGGCUGAUGAAGGCCUCAGGUUUUGUCUGCCUGCUGUGCUCAACCCUCGCUACCAACCUAGAGGUAGUGAAGGCAACCCUGUCCAGGUGACCUCUGUUCCAGCCUCUCUGGUGCCCUACAGUCUGUCUUUCUCUGCCAGAGUGUCCUCUGCUCGUCCAGUCUCUAAAGUAGAGUCCAACUGUCCCCUGGACCCUCUCCAGUACCUCAACACAGAGCAAACCCAGGCCACGGUGAAGUUGUCUGCAGGACACAAGUUUGACAGAGAUGUUGAACUGCUGAUUUAUUACAAAGAUGCUCACCAGCCCACUGCUGUGGUGGAGGCAGGACAGGCCUCUGCCAAACCUGGCACUCUGAUGGGUGAUCCAGUAGUGAUGCUGAGUCUGUACCCUGAGUUCCCCCAGGCUGUGAUGUCUUCAGUCACCUCAUGUGGAGAGUUUGUGUUCUUACUGGAUCGAUCUGGUAGUAUGGGUUCACCUAUGAGCAACAAUGGGAGUCCAGAUCGCAUUUUCAGUGCCAGGGAUACUCUGCUGCUCCUGUUGAAGAGUUUACCAAUGGGCUGCUAUUUCAACAUCUUCAGUUUUGGGUCCAGCUAUGAACAUGUCUUCCCUAAGAGUGUGGAGUACAGCCAGCAGACCAUGGAGGAGGCUCUGAAGAAAGUUGAGGAGAUGGAGGCUGAUCUGGGAGGAACAGAGAUCCUUGAACCCCUUAAACACAUUUACAGCCAGAGCUGUAUUCCCAGUCAACCUAGACAACUAUUUGUCUUUACUGACGGAGAGGUAUGGAACACCAAAGAAGUUAUUAAUCUAGUGAAGAAGAAUUCAGGCUCCCAGAGGUGUUUCUCUUUUGGGAUAGGGGAAGGGGCCAGCUCUGCUCUCAUCAACGGGUUGGCCAAGGAAGGAGGAGGUCACGCUCAGUUCAUCACAGGGACUGACAGGAUGCAACCCAAAGUGAUGCAGUCGCUGCGAUUUGCUCUACAACCAGCUGUGGUCGACAUCUCAGUCAAGUGGGAUUUACCAGAGGGAGUCUCUGUCACUGAUCUCUCUCCACCAAUCACAGCUCUUUUCCAGGGUCAAAGGUCACUGGUUUAUGCCCAGCUCACAGGACAGAGUUCAGAGGCAGCAGAGGGCUGUGUGACGGUGAAGUACAGCCUGGCAGGUCAACCCUCUCAGAAUCAGCUCCGCUUCAGUCUCAAACCUGCAGAGGACACUGGAUUAACAGUCCACAGGUUGGCUGCUCGGACUCUGAUUCGCUCCCUGGAGUUGGAGGAGAGAGAGGAUGAAGAAGAGCAUGAUGAAGGAGUGAGGGAGGUGGUGGAGCUCAGUGUCCAAUCAGGAGUGAGCAGUGCCUUCACUGCCUUCAUUGCUGUCAACAGUGAUAGUGAGGCGAUCCAAGGACCUCUGGUGCACAGAUAUUUUCCAACACCCACUCAUGUCGAUCUCCUGAUGGUCCGUGACAAUGAAGACAUUUCACAUUAUUAUGGAAUUUUGGAAGAUGGUGAGGAUGAUGAAUUGGAAGGGGUGUGCAGUGACAGAGACUUAUGUGCUGGAGAGGUUGAGGUUGCCAAGCCCAAGCAGCCUCCCAGAGACCCUCUGCUGCAGCUGGUCUCCCUCCAGAAGGCGUCUGGCUGCUGGGUGCUGGAUCCAGCUCUGGCUGCUGCACUGGGAAAGACCAGCGAGGAGGUGGAAAAGCACAAACCUGCUUCGGUGAACAAGGCAGUGUGGGCCACCAUUCUGGCUCUGAUCUGGCUUUAUGAUUUCAAGAUGGAUGCUCAGGAAGAGUGGGAGCUUCUGGCUAUGAAGGCUGUGUCAUGGCUCCAUGCUCAGAAUGCAUUUGUGUCGGAUUGUGUUGAAGCUGGAAAUACUCUGUUGGGUUGCAACGUGCAGAAAGACAUUCUUGGAUUCUGAGGUUUUCAUUCAAGUUGCUUCUCUUUGGGAUUGGUACACUGAAGCAGAUUAACUGCAUCCUACAACUUUAAAAUCGCAUGUUAUAUGUAGCACUAUCUACCUCUACAAUAUUGUAAUCCUUAGUAUAUUUGCACUGUCAAGAUUUCUGUUUUGUGCCAUUACUGUCGCUCUGUACCAGAAAUUGUUUUACUUCAGAAAAUUAAAGUGGAAUCAAACAUA